AUCAAAACCCUCUUCUUCUUCUGUCUUCUGUCUGUCAUCAUCAUAAUAAUAAUUUAACGGUUUUCAAUUCCGAUUCCCCGCCGUCUAUUAUGACGUCAUUCUCCCUCAGGUUUGUUGUAGAGUUUUUGUUGCUUUGAGAUGGUGGGCUCUGAGAGAGAGAAUGGUGCUUCACCAGCACAACUUCCACAGAAGGCGGAGGUGAAGAAGAAGUACGGGGUGAUGAACCCAAUAUCGUAUGCUGGACCAUCUGAGGCGGAUAUCAACAGGAAUGCUAUGUUGGAAAAGCUUUUGAUGGAGUCCGGGGUUUAUGAAAGCACAGAAGAAACUGCAAAGAGAGAAGAAGUUCUUCGUCGUCUGGAUCAGAUUAUUAAAGAUUGGGUUAAGCAGUUAACUCGCCAGAAAGGGUACACUGAAAAGAUGGUUGAGGAAGCAAAUGGUAUUGUACGUACCUUUGGAUCCUAUCGCCUAGGGGUACAUGGUCCCAACGCUGAUAUUGAUACACUAUGCAUUGGACCGUCGUAUGUCAAUCGAGAGCAUGAUUUUUUUGCUAUAUUGUAUAAUAUCCUGUUGGAGAUGGAAGAAGUUUCAGACCUUCAGCCAGUUGAUGAUGCACAUGUUCCUGUGAUGAAGUUUAAGUUUCAAGGGAUAUCUAUAGAUCUUCUUUAUGCGAGCGUAUCCCUAUUGAUUGUUCCAGAAGAUUUGGACAUCUCUCAUAAUUCUGUGUUGUACCACACUGACGAGAAAACCGUGCGUAGUCUUAAUGGUUGCCGGGUUGCCGAUCAAAUUCUUAAACUUGUUCCAAAUGUAGAGAACUUUUGCACAACACUUAGAUGCUUAAAGUUUUGGGCUAAGAGGCGUGGUGUUUAUUCAAAUGUCACCGGGUUUCUUGGCGGUGUGAAUUGGGCUCUUUUAGUUGCUCAGGUAUGCCAGCUUUAUCCCAAUGCAAUACCUAGUAUGCUGGUUUCCCGUUUUUUCAGAGUGUAUACGAAUUGGCGUUGGCCAAAUCCUGUUAUGCUUUGCCCAAUCGAAGAGGAUGAUCUUGGAUUUAGUGUAUGGGACCCACGGAAGUCGGGUCGUGACAGGAUGCAUCUUAUGCCAAUCAUCACUCCAGCAUACCCUUGCAUGAAUUCUAGUUACAAUGUUUCUGCAAGUACUCUCCGUGUUAUGGUGGAGCAGUUUCAUUUUGGAAAUAAGGUUUGCGAGGAGAUCGAGUUGAACAGAGCAAAUUGGAGUGCUUUGUUUGAACCAUCCCUAUUUUUCGAGUCGUAUAAAAAUUACUUGCAGGUUGACAUCGUAGCUGCAGGUGCUGACGAUCUUCUUUCAUGGAGAGGAUGGGUGGAAUCCCGUCUUAGAUUACUUACUUUAAAGAUUGAGCGUGAUACAGAUGGGAUGUUGCAGUGCCACCCUUUCCCGAAUGAGUACGUUGAUGCAUCUAAACAGUGUUCCCAUUGUGCGUUUUUUAUGGGGCUUCAGAGGCAGCCUGGAGUGAAUGUUCAAGAAAACCAACAAUUUGAUAUCCGCGGAACAGUGGAUGGGUUCAAGCAAGAGGUAAACAGUUACCAUCAUUGGAGGCCAGGGAUGGACAUUUUCGUGUCACAUGUGCGUAGGAGACAACUUCCAACUUAUAUUUUUCCACAAGGGUAUAGACGUCAGAGACAGUUGAAGAACACUCCCCAGCAUUCUACUAGAACUUCAAAUGGAGAUGGUCAAGGCUCUGAUUCUCCAUCGUCCGAGAGGCGUUUUAAGAGGAAGCAUGAUGAUGCUACUAUCGCGACUGAAAAAUUAAAGAAACAGGCCUCUGUAAGCCCACAAAGGCCAGAAGCUGCUGGUUCAGUAAUUCAAGGUCUCGCUUGUGAGUCUCCAAUUGCACGGAAUGUUGUAAUGGAGUCUGAGGAUGGAGGAAGUGCUGAAUCAAUGCAGCCAUCGGCUAUAAGGUUGAGCUUGGAAUCAACGGCUUAAGUUAUUCAGAGUCUGCUUAGCUUCAAUCCAGGUGCUUGGGCUGUACUGAAAGGCAACACAACUCUUCGUCUCGGUAGUCUGUAAUCUAGUUAGACUUUCUGCCAGAAUGGCAUGCUUGUUUUAGACCUUACAACCUUUUUUUUAUUAUGUCCGAUUGUCAUGUUUGUGUCGGGGUCAACUCUUGUGUCAUAACCUUGCUGUAAAACGGUGUAAGUUGGUUUUGGAAUCAAAUAGAUCGACCGUGUUUAUCUUAA